UCACGCCAAAGUAGGACACCGCCGCCCAUUGCCGACCGUCUCACCGCCCCUUGGUCCGCCCUGCGCACUCGCGUCAUGGCCUCCGUACGGCAGAGCAGCCUUCUGCCCGCCACCACCUCGUCCUCGUCCAAGUCCUCCUCCAUUCUAUCACUUUCGCUGUCGCUGCCACUGCCGCUGUUCCUGGUGCUGUCGCUGCACCUGACCGGCGUCUGUGGCGUCAUCGACCGCCUGGUGGUGCAGACAUCCUCCGGCCCGGUUCGCGGCCGUUCGGUGACGGUGCAGGGACGCGAGGUGCAUGUUUACACGGGCAUCCCAUAUGCCAAGCCACCCGUCGAGGAUCUGCGCUUCCGUAAGCCGGUGCCGGCGGAGCCCUGGCACGGUGUCCUAGAUGCCACACGACUCUCUGCCACCUGCGUCCAAGAGCGUUACGAGUACUUUCCGGGCUUCUCCGGCGAGGAGAUCUGGAAUCCCAAUACAAAUGUAUCCGAGGAUUGCCUCUACAUCAAUGUCUGGGCGCCGGCCAAGGCACGUCUUCGACAUGGGCGUGGUGCGAAUGGGGGCGAGCACUCCAAUGGCAAACAGGCGGACACCGAUCAUCUCAUACACAAUGGCAAUCCGCAGAACACAACCAAUGGUUUACCCAUUCUGAUUUGGAUAUAUGGUGGUGGCUUCAUGACCGGUUCGGCCACGCUGGACAUUUACAAUGCCGACAUUAUGGCCGCCGUGGGCAACGUUAUAGUGGCCUCCUUUCAGUAUCGAGUGGGAGCCUUUGGAUUCCUGCAUUUGGCACCGGAGAUGCCAUCGGAGUUUGCCGAGGAGGCGCCCGGUAAUGUGGGCCUCUGGGAUCAGGCUCUGGCCAUUCGCUGGCUAAAGGACAAUGCUCAUGCCUUUGGUGGUAAUCCAGAAUGGAUGACCCUGUUUGGGGAGUCGGCGGGUUCCAGUUCGGUGAAUGCGCAGCUCAUGUCACCGGUGACCAGGGGCGUGGUUAAGCGCGGUAUGAUGCAAUCCGGUACCAUGAAUGCUCCCUGGAGCCACAUGACAUCCGAAAAAGCGGUGGAGAUCGGCAAGGCGCUGAUUAAUGACUGCAACUGCAAUGCCUCCAUGUUGAAGACCAAUCCUGCUCACGUGAUGAGCUGCAUGCGAUCGGUGGACGCCAAGACCAUAUCGGUUCAACAAUGGAACUCGUACUCGGGCAUCCUCAGUUUCCCCUCGGCGCCGACCAUUGAUGGGGCCUUCCUGCCAGCGGAUCCCAUGACGCUGAUGAAGACGGCGGAUCUGAAGGACUACGACAUCCUGAUGGGAAAUGUCAGGGAUGAGGGCACUUACUUUUUGCUGUACGAUUUCAUCGAUUACUUCGAUAAGGACGAUGCAACGGCUCUGCCGCGGGACAAGUAUCUGGAAAUUAUGAACAACAUUUUUGGCAAGGCAACGCAGGCGGAACGCGAGGCCAUCAUUUUCCAGUACACCAGCUGGGAGGGUAAUCCGGGUUUCCAGAACCAACAGCAGAUUGGACGCGCCGUUGGCGACCAUUUCUUCACCUGCCCCACCAACGAGUAUGCCCAGGCUCUGGCGGAACGAGGUGCCUCCGUGCACUACUACUACUUCACACACCGCACAAGCACCUCGCUGUGGGGCGAGUGGAUGGGCGUGCUGCAUGGCGAUGAGAUUGAGUACUUCUUUGGCCAGCCGCUGAACAACUCCCUGCAGUAUCGUCCUGUGGAGCGGGAGCUGGGCAAAAGGAUGCUCAGCGCGGUCAUUGAGUUUGCCAAGACGGGCAACCCCGCCCAGGAUGGCGAGGAGUGGCCCAACUUCUCCAAGGAAGAUCCCGUCUACUACAUUUUCAGCACAGACGAUAAGAUCGAGAAAUUGGCUCGAGGUCCUUUGGCGGCACGCUGCUCCUUCUGGAACGAUUACUUGCCGAAAGUCAGGAGUUGGGCAGAAUUUGCGCAGCAGAUAACCCACGUGGCCACCUCGGCGUUUGUCUACCUGAAGACCUGGCUAAUUAGUGGCUAAAAGCAGCUACCUCUUCACCAAUUAGCUCUUAAAUAGUUCUUAAUCAUUAAUCAGUUAACCAGGGCACUGAUCGAAACACUUCCUCGGAAUGCAACGGAAAGUCUGACUGAAGGUUUUUUAGCCUAAGGAAGUAGGAACGGAGAUAAUAAGAUAUUGUAAAGGACACGAAUUUAGGAACAUUAAUCCCAGGACUUUGAAAAGUAAUAGUUUUGUAAGGUAACAAAAGAGCAGAGCAAAAUAUUUUACUUGAAUCUAAUGAAAAAAACUUGUUAAAGGAUUUGUAGAGAAAAGAAACUAUAAGGUUUUGCAAAGGAGAGACUGAUAGCUUGGAUAGGAAUUAAAGUUGUGUAAGGCAUUGACAGAGGACAAGUGCUGGACACCCUCACA